AAGAGUCAGUUGAUCUGGAGACAUCAUACCAGAAAGAUAUCUCUUCUGCGUGCGAUAAUAAAGAAUUAAAAUUGAUAGUUGAAUCGUUUUUAUAUUAUUGAGACAUCCCUAUCCAUAAUCCAAUAGUUUUCAAACGCACAAGCCGCAAAAUUGAUCAGCACACUUAGAAAAAAGAGUACAAUUUCAUGAACAAUUGAUGACUAAUUGUUGGGACAACGACACUGAAUGUAAUUUAGUGAGUGAAAAUUUGUGAAAUUUCGGAGCUGUAGACGAGGUUCGGAUGAAUAUCAGAACGAACAUCUCAAAAUACAAGAAAUUUGAAAAUUUGAAUUCCUUAAGUCGUAAUAGUACUUGAAAUAGUCAACUGAUCGAUCGAUACACCCAAUCGUCAAAUUUCACUUCGAAUUAUUCACAAAAUGAACUUGGAGCAUGUCUUGACAAGUACGAGAGAGGACUUUAAAACUGGAGUCAGUGCAGUUCAAGGGUUCAUCACUAUGGCGAUUGGUCAACAACUUCCGGAACAAUAUACAGUACCACCACUGGCUAAGAUAUUUCACAGCUUACCACAUCUCAACGUAUCUCUUCACUCUGUCAACAACACAUUCAAUCCACGCUCGGAGAUUUAUCUCGAGAGCCUUGGAAUCCUAGGAAGUCUCCCCGCUGCCUGGCUGAUCCUAACCCUUCUGGUGCUGCUGGUAUAUCUGGUGACACGAUGCUGCGACCGAAAGCCUCGUCCACGAAGAUCCAUAACUCUGCUAAAAUGUUCCCUAGCUAUUCUCGCUAUUCUGUGUUCGGGUGCAGUGGCGGUCGGCCUCUACGGCAAUGACGAUGUGCACAAUGGUGUAGUGCACCUCCUCGAUGCUGCCAAGCAGGUUGACGCCAGUGUCAUAUCGGUGAAAAAUCAGACUGACACAAUUGAGAUUAUUCUCAAGAAGAAACUCGAUCCAGGGCUGACAUCACUGAGAGAUGAUUUUGAUGCACCAGUCAGCAAUAAAACAGCCGUUGAUUAUUUACUCAAAGUCUGGGGAUAUAUGACGCAGAAUACGUCUAUCGCUAUUAAUCGAACUUAUGACAUUAGAAAACCACUGAGUGGUAUAAGUAUAACGAGGGAAAUAAAUUUGGGGGAAAAAAUUGAAUUAUUCAGGUGGCCUAUUACAAUGGCUGUACUCAGCACACUUCUCGUACUCUGCGUGGUUCUGCUGGUCGGAGUCGCGCGACAUUCACGAUGCGCACUCAUAACAUUCUCAGUUUUUGGUCUAUUCGCGGUUAUUGUCUCAUGGUUAAUGGCAUCACUCUAUCUGGCUACGUCAGUUGCACUCGGUGAUUUAUGCAUUUCACCAGACGGUUAUUUAACAAGAGCAGUACCGUCUACACUUACUGCUGAGGUACUCAAUUAUUACACACACUGUGAGAGCACGAGAAAUAAUCCAUUCACCCAGAGACUCAGGGAGGGACGACUGGCUGCUGGCAAUAUGAGAGCUAGUCUCAAUAUUGUACAGAGCAUUGCUCUGGAUUUGUUCAAGGAUCAGAAGGCUAAUCUUGCACCUAAACUCAAUAGUCUGAAGAGUGAGGUCCAUGUUGUGGAUAACCUCAUGUCGGGAUUGGCUACGUUACUUGAUUGCAAACCACUUCAUAAGCAUUAUGUUCAUGCUGCUAAAAGCCUUUGUCAUUUGGGAUUAUAUGGACUUACUUUUAUGCUGUUGGCUAGCCUUGCUGCUGGAUUGUUCUUCACGGUUCUUGUAUGGGUGGACUCUCAUACGUGGAUUUAUAUCAGAAAACGAAGGGAUUAUCAUCAGGUCGAUGAGCAGGAUCCAUUCCUACCACCGUCGGCAGCAUCCCAGGCGAUCGCUGCUAGAACACUUCGUGGCCAAGGGUCGUACCCGCCUACAGCCCCUCCUCUUAAUCAGAAUGCUCAUGGCACGAAUAAUACAAUUAAGCAGCCUCUUCUGCUAACGCCGCCCCCGCCAUCCUACGCUACUGCGACAGCUCGAGCACGCCAGCUGCACGAGAGCAUGUUAAAAGGUGGGGGUGUUAACGGGAGCAGUGGACUCGGAGAUCACAAAUCGUCUCAGCAUAAUCAGCAAUCGGCGAGUGGACGAAAUGAACACCGUUCUGGACACGGAGAUCAACCUGGAAGGGAACCACCCUGGACUCCCAGCGUUGCAUCCUUCACAGGCACCAUGUCUCACAAUUCUCACGAACCCGCUCAUCUCGCGACAUUUCAAGACUCCCGCAAAACUCAAACCCUUGAUCCAAAGAAUCUUGCUAAUUUAAAAAGAGGACCAACACCAGCCUGGAAUCAGAAUCGUCCACUGCCUCCUAAUCCGACGAAUCAACAUAGCCAGCCAACCUGGGAGUUUGAAUCACGAUCUCAAUCGAACAUGAAUCAAUUUCGCUCCCUUGUUCGUAAUAAAGCGCCUAACAUAAGAAUUCAGGAUCAAAUGCAGGACCAAGUGAGAACUCUUGAUCGUAACUUCUCUUGCAAUCAGUUCAAUGGAACAGCUCAGAACAAUGUUGUACCGAAUAUGUAUGGAACGUACAAUCGUGCUAGAUCGAGACAAGAGAAAGCAUCUGCAAUACCUACACUCAGCCAGGUGCAGGGCAGUGAUCCCAAUCUCUAUGCUGUUACGGAAUUGUAAGGGGAGUUAAACUCAAUUCAAUCAUCAGGUAACUGAUAAAUUAUACAUUACGAAUGAAAAGUUAAACCAAAGCGAGUAAUGUGGAGGAUAAUCAAGACCUAAUAACGAGACUGAGACGAAGAUAAAUGAGGGGGCUAAAACCCAAUGCGCAUGGAAAAUAAGUUUAGAAAAUCAAAGCAAUAAAUGAAUUUCUAAUUCGAUUAGUAAAUUUUCGCACAGAAUCUCACGUGCAGGGUCAACUGGAGCUCAGUAAAACAUUUUUUUUUUAAUAUAUUCAACGUUUUUUUCACAUCGAAGUGUACAAAAAAUGAAAAAAACAUUUAAUGUGUAUAAAACAAGUUUUUUUACUCGAAAAAAAAGAGAAAUUACAUUUAUCCUGGGGAGGAUGAAUCAAAUUUGUAGUCUAUGUACAAAACGAUAUUGGUGUCAUCAUACACCCCAAGUUUUUUCAUUACGAUUUAAAUGUGAGAGGGAUACCAAAAGACACUUUUUUAUAUAAUAUAUACAUAUAUUUUACAUUUUAUGCGCAAUGCGCAAUUUGUAGUGAAAAACGGUUUUUCUUAUGAUUAUUUUUCUCAUGUCUUCGAAAAUAUGGAACAAGGAAAUAAUGCACACAAAUUAAUUCACUGCCUAAGUAAUGUAUACCUAUUAUUACGCAUUUAGUCGGUACAAAGGUGAUACCGAUUUCAUAUAUUUGUUGAAUGUCAACGAUCUGAGACCGGAUAUGCCCUUAUUUACACGGCAGCGCGGAGAAUUUCCAUGGAUACUGAAUAACUCACGUGUGAAAAAAUUUCAUUGAUAAAGACCGGCAUUUUUCAGAAAACAAUGAUUGCAGUUCUAUUAGAAUUACAUUCUAUUACAUUUAUUUGCGUCUAUUCCAUAACAAAUGAUAUAACUUCGGGGUGCACUUUACGAUAGAUUUUUUUCAAUUAAAUAAAUCAUUAUUGAUGCUGAUUGGUUUAAACAAGUUUUUCUGCAUCGACGAUUGGUUUAUUGGAUUUUAUGACCAAAUAUUACUAACUGUAUGCCCAGAUAAUCUCAUAGAUAAAUUCACAAAUUUUUUUCUGUCGAAUAAUUUCAAAGAAAGUACACAACAAUGGCACAUCAACAAACUAAUAAUAUUAUUUAAUAAAAUUUCAAUAUAAUAUUUUAAGAAAGCCCCAGGUUGAGAAGCUCAAUUUUUUCACACGUGAUUAAAUAGCAAGAAAAAUAACGAUAAUUGAAGUCUGUCAUCGAUUUAUAAAAACAAACUGCCACUGCUCAGAUGAUCGCAUUUAUGUAAGUACAAAUUGAUACCACAAUGAUCCAUGAUUUUUCGGUUUGUUCGCUUACGAAAAAUUCCAUGGCAACUAAAUGUGAAAAUACCAGGAGCACACGCGAAAAAAUGGAUAUGAAUAUAACGUUAAAAAUACAAGCCUUUUUAAUAUAUACAUAUAUAAAUAUAUAUGAAUAUAAAUGGUUUGACGCGAGAUCCAAAGAUAAAGAGAAUAUGUUGAGGUAAUUUGAGAAGAAAAAAAAAUUCGAACUGUCAACAGGCGAUAGUUUUUCCCCACAAAGAAAUACAAGUAAUUCAGUGGUGUUACCCCUCUGUAAAUACGUAGAGACAAAAGUGUUAGAUUAUCUUAGAAGUGUAAUGUGUGAUAAUUUUAAUCAUUCAGUGUUCUUUCACGUAAAAAAAAAAUAUGGGUGAGUCGUUAAUGGAUCUGAGAGGCUUGUUAAUACUCUCAGACAGGAUGUAAUUAACUAAUUAGUGACGAGUCCUCCCAAUCACGGUUUAGUCUCGUGAUGAAGGACUGACAGUGCCAUUCCACGAGCAUUUAUUUAAUUCCCUUCAUUUCCAUGAUUGAUCAUUCAUAAUUAUUAGUCCCUGUAUCAUUAAUUUACCCUAUCGAAGUAUUCUGUCAAUUUGUAAUUUAUGCACUGUAAACUAAAGAUCUUCAAUUAUGGAACGGAGAUUAAAUAAUUGCCAAUCCGUAAUUCAUAAUUAAUAAAAGUGGCUCAAUGAAAAGUGUUUUCUUUGCAAAAUUUUUUUCUCGUUAUAUUCUCAUUAAGCCAUUCGUACUUUUUACGCCUAUUAAUUAAUUGAUUAACGAAGAAAGAAAAGUGAAUAAGAAAAAUCUGUAUUUAGUGGCAAGUUAAAAUGCGUGCGACUCUUUGUGUAAUUGUUAAGAGAAGCCGGUAACUAAUUAAAAGAAUAAAAAUAAUUUACGUUUGACAGAUUAACUUCUAAACUAAUAAUAAGAAAUAGUGCAUUAAUUGCAGAUAAAAGAGAGCGAGAGAAAAAAAAAACCAUUAAUAAUACGAGAAAAAUAUCAUCCUGAAGACUGCCGUAAUGAAAUACGCAAAACGGGAACAAUAACAGUAUUCUGUCGAGGUUGAAUAUUUGGCUCGUUUAUCCCCUUUUUUUAUAUUUAUUUGAUUGAGAAUUUCACACUGUUUAAAAUGCUCCUAUCGUCAUAAAAAUAGUGUAAUGCAAAAAUUUAAUGAGAAAUAAAAAAGAAAAAGAGAAUGGAGAAAUAAAGAGAGAUAAAUAAAUCGAAGCUGUGUGUUAUUUGAUUAUUUAAUUAUUAUUGUUCCUUCUGUAGCAAUACUUUAUUACAAGGUUUUGGUACAUAAAUAUACAUAUGAACUUAAUUUAACUCUUUAUAAUUGUUUAAAUUCUCGUUAAUUCACUAGAAAACAAAUAAUUAUCCUCAAUUAUGAAUCAAUUGCCUUAAUUCUACUGCUUCGAACCAUUGCCCAAAAAAAUAAAUGGGCAAAUAAACGGAAUCAUCUAAAUUCAUUGAUUUAACGUGUGGCCAGAUCUUUGGUGAUGAAUUCAAUUAUUCCUGUUUAUAUCACACGAUUUUCCUCAAUAGUUGUGGAUUUGAACUGUUUAAUUAUUGUGCUUGAGAAUUAAUGUCUAGUUAUUUUUGUGCCUAUGCAUAGGGAAUAGAUUGCACAUUGAAAAGUCAUUAAAUUAUGAAAGAAAAAGUGAUAAUAUAACACAAAGAAAAUAUUCAAAUUCUGACAACUUGAGAGGACUACACCAUUUUCUUACCCAAAUCUAUCUAUUAAAUCAAAUAAAACUCUCGUUUUUGAUUCAUUCGUUGAACAUAAUUAUGCGCCUGGAAUAAUGCUUGAACCCGAUUUAAAUAACAUCAGAUAGCGGAAAAAUUAGAAGAAUGGAAUUGGAAUCGAGCUAUAUGGUUCUAAGUACGUUAAGCCUUGUUAUAAUUAAUAAGCUUUCUAUGCGGAAUUUUCCCUGACGAAACUGUAGACGCGUAAAAUUUACAAAGUUAAAUUCAGGAGGCGAAGAGGCUCUAACGUUAGAAGAUCUUUUGCCAUAAAAAAUUGACGAAAUAUUUUCCUCAAAGUCAAUUACGAGGCUAACAAUGUGAAUUUCCAUACCAUAACUUCAAUAAUUGAUUACGUAAAUUCCUUCCAUUGGACAUAAUAAUUCAAUGAUAACAGGAUUAGUAAAAAAUAAAUACACUGGCGUUUCUAACACCAUAAUUGUUACAAAUUGGAGGAAUGCAAUUAUAGACUUCUUUUCACUGUUCAAGGAAAAUGAAAAGGUCAUUAAUUAAAAAUCAAUCUGACAUGAUUGGAUGCUAAUCUCCAAUCGCUGGUUAUUCCUCCCUUUAUGAAGGACGAGACCUUUUCUUACUCCACGUAAUUUCGUCGAAAUUAAUCUGGUAAAAGACCUCGAGCCGUCCUCUAAGAUAAAAAAACUUGCGAGCCCUUCCAAAUUAGUUACAACCCAACUACGAGGAUACCUCGGGCACUUCCUCUUUGACAACAGUCUGUGGUAAAUUUGAAUUAUUAACAAGUGGUACUCCCUUACCACUCUGCAGACUCGAGUGGCUCGAGGACCUGCUGUGGCUUUGGCUGCCCGCCCCCACCGGUGUCUGAAUAAGUGGCUGUGGCGGUGUUCUAGCGCCCGAAUUAUUGCUCGUUGAAUUUGGUUGUAGUUGCAUGUGGUACUUGUAGAUAUUCUCGGUAGAUUCAACGACUCCAGCUUGAAGAUUUAAACUCCUACCACGAACCCCAGCUUCUUUAGAAGGUGGACUCCACCAGUUGACAAAGGUCCCAACGACUGGCACGUGCCUCAGAAUUCCCUCCUGCCAGAGUUUCUCAGCGUUCUCCCGUUCAAGAUCAGUUUGUGCAGCUUCAAUCCCCCUUUUAACUACCUCUGACAUAGUGUCGAGCAGCUUUGAACUAGCCUCGACUUCCUGACCGACUUGAAGGACAAGGGAAAGUAGCUCAGCGACAUCAGUGUCCUGAGUGACCAUUCCGAAUCUGACACAGGCUAGACCAUCAGCGCCUUCACCCAAUGAAAAAGCAGCAUCAGUGCUCCUCAAUGCCUCCACAAGUUGCAUAUUCAAUCUGUUCAACUCCUCUUUAGUCUGUUCAGUCAUUAUCUGAAUCCACGUGGGAGGGGCAUAACGAACUCCACCCAAACCAGCCCACCCUGGCAUCUCAACAAGGUGAAGUGAGUCAUUCUGUGUGACAAGUCUCACAAAAGUCUCCUUAUGCUCAACAGUGGCAUUCAGUAUCUCUAUCUGCUGCUCGAGACAUGCAAUAACAUUAUUCAUGUCCUCUGAACUUGGCGCAGGGCCAAUGUUCUCGAGGCAGCAUAUCCUUAUAGCCACCCCAUACUGCUCGAUCUCACACAGUUCUAUUGGCACGUUCUCGAUGUCUCGUUGGAGAAUCUGACCGAGCCACGAAUUUAAUUUGUCGUAAUAGGGAGGAAUUCUCUCUGGCAAUGAGUGGUAUUCACUAUUCUCUGGAGGGGUGGGUGGCGUCGUGGGAACGUAUUGGAAUACCAGAGCGCUCGAGAUUACCUCGAACAACUGCGGGCUGUUCACAGGAUUAGUCGUCAAGUCGUUAAUUGUCCAUCUACCAUUCUCCUGGCUUCCCUCAGUGCCACCAGGUAUUUGACUCAGGAAUUUGAUGUUUUCCAACUUUUUAAUUCGAUUGUAGAGAUCUUCGAUGACCUGGAAGCACUUCUUGAAGCGGUUUUGAAUGCCCUCGCGCCCCAGAACUUGAAGGGCUGCCCAGAGAGGCAGAGUUGGGAGCCUUCUAGAGAGGGAUUCCACCAUCAGACCGGAUACUAGCGAUAGGGUGGUGUCUCGAGAGGUGGGCUUUCCACCUUUGGUGUCGGUAAGUCUGUAGAGAGUGACCACUGGGAGGGAGGGAAUGCCCAGCCAUACUCCCAAGGGAAGUGUUAUACUGUCAGCGAGUUUUGAGGGGAGAUCUUUGGGAGAAGUGUUGAAAGCCAGAGCUGCGAGGGAAUGUCCUCGGAGAUGCAACCAUACAUUGAAUUUGUCACAUAUUUCACGGAGACGACUUACGUUAUCGCAGUGCCCUGUUAUCGCUGAACCAACUUCACCCAGGACCAGGAGGGGGGUCACGUUGUUUGAUUGACUGUCUUCGGCAAGCCUUCUUUCUAGGGCUGCCACGUCCAUCACUUGACGAGACCCGAACAUCGUAGUUUGAGGGAUGGGCCGGACGCAAUGGAGAGGCAGAGAUAGCUGAAAAUAUUAGGGCUCAGUGACGGUGUUAAAUGGAAUUGUUGUUUCGGGCUCGACGGGGAAGGGAUGACUGACUUUGUUGUGUGGCGUCAAGUAGAAAUAAUUGAGAGUCUCGAUUUAUGACGAGGAGCAUCAGUGCUGGAUUUUAAGACUACCUACAUCAAGAUGUAAAGGCUUGGAUUUAAUUGGAAAAUCGCCAUCUUCAAAGAAUCAUUGUUUGGGUAUUUUAGUACAUAAUUUUGGAAGAUAAACGUCAAAAACAAACGGAAAUCGAAUUUGAUUUUGCCUGCAACCUGUUCAAACUCCUCCAUCUGAUGGAAAUAAAUUAUAUUCAACUUAAGUAACAAAUCCUCGGGGUACCUUCAUAAUUCAGAAAAACCCCUCACCUACCUGUCUGCAUAAAUGUUGCACAACUCCCAGCGGUGCAGCAACAGAGCUGUAUAUAAGAGGUGGAGCAGCAGAUAAAGCUGUAAACCCAUCCUCCAUGUACCUCGGAUAUUUUCUGUGCAAUGCCAAUCUCGUAACUCUAACAAGUCCCUCAAGAUGAUCCUCGUGGAAGGACGAUGCGCAGUCGACGAACCUAAAUAUGUGGCUCAACCACCUCGUGGUGUCUGCGGCUAAUCGUGCAGCUAGUCUUUGUGCAUGGGCUCUGGGAAGGGCAACGGCAUACGCUGAAACCGAAUGUGUGACGAGAGACAGCUUUGCUGCUUCCGUCAGGGGCGGCAAAUUCGUGAGUUGAGCUGGUGGAGGAUCCUGGGGGUCGCCUUCCAAACUCUGGGGUGCAUCUUCGUGAAUCACUAGGUCCUGAAGAUCAAUAUCAUGAAGACAACCAACAGGAAAUAAUAAUGGGAAAGAUUUCUUUGGUAUACAGAUCAACUAUAAGAGUUAAUUGAAUGCUGUUCAGCAUACUUCAUUCUUUUUUUAAAGAAGAAUUACGGGGCAUAAUGACUAUUUCGACAAAUGAAAUCUACGAGUGUUAAUUCAACUUCCUAUAGCUAUGUUAUUAACGGUCAAUUUUAUUAUUAAUUACUCUGAAUUGCUGCUUUAUAGAUUUGAAUAUUCAGUGUUCAAGUUGUUAUUGUUUUUUCUUUAAAUGAAGAAGUAAGUUAUCAUGGACAUCUGCCCCUCUUCUUUGUGCUGAAGGCCCAAUAAUGAUCCAUAAAAACAAAUGAGAAAUAAAUGAUUAACGAGUUCAUGUUGAAAUGAUCGUGUCAGAGCUCUAUUUUUAGGAUCAAAGAGCCCAUAAAAAUCACCUGAAUGAGCUGCAGAACAGUCUCAGGACUCUUUGAUUGCGUCAAAAAUCCGAGAUGACUGCCCCAGGUCAUACCACCACCAUCAGCAGCCCUUUCCACAGCAUCCUCAAGCCUCGAUAUAACUUCUCUGGCUUCAAAUCCAACGAUACCAACGUCAUUCUCAUUUGGCACUGGAACGUGACUAUUCACCUGUCAAAAUGUCAAUCACACUUGCAAUGUCCAAUCUCCUGGCACUUAACCAUCAAGGAAUACCCCAAGGUGGGGAUUUGGUUACUUUUCGGGAGGGUGGGUUUUAUUAUUGUUUUGGGAAUUUACCAACCUCGUCUAGACUCUUGUCGUCGGCAUUCAUCCUGAAAUUGUCGUUUGGCUCAGCAUCCUCGGCCAUCGUGGCAGUUGACAUCAGCAGGACACACACUUAGACCGCCUACGACUGUCGAUUGGGAGUCGUGGCGCUCGUUGGGUUCGUUCUCAUUUGACAGCGGAUUUACGAAGCCAUAUGGCGCCGGUCACAUGGUAUUUACGGUUUGAAUCUCCCGCCGGCGACAAAUGGAAGUGGAGAUGACGAAGGCCGUCACAUCGGAGUGUUUGUUAACAUGAUUUUGGCGAAGAUCUUGGGGUUGAUUUGUUCAAAUGGUAGUAUUUUUUUGAUGAGGAGAGAGGGGGGGAUUUUUGGUGAAACUUGAGGCGUCCAGAGGGCAGAUGGUAAACAAAGGAUUUGCGGAAAGCAAAAUGCCGGUACGACGCCAAACAUGGUCGGCCUAGCGUCCAAAAAUUUCAAGUCGAUUGAUGGACAACAUGCUGAAGCGAAUUUGCGAAGUUCAACCGGGGCAUUGUUUUCAAAAUCAGUUUUAUUACAGUGAUUUGUUGUAGUUCAGUGAUUAAUUUCAUUUCAGUGAUUAGUGUCAUCUCAGUGAUCAGUUUCAGUUGAGUUUCGUCUCGGGUUUUGUUACAGUUUUUAUAGUUUUUUGUGAUGUGAUCUAUUCCUAAAAUGUGAAUUGGUGACUGUUGUGGAUAGUGGUGUAAGUGUUGGCAUGUCCCACAUCACUCCUGGAGGAAUAAUUUAUGGCGAGGAAUUCCCAGGAAAAGGAAGAGGAGAGCAACAAAAGUUUCAGGUGGAUUCUCGUGACCCACCAGGAGAUCUAGGGUUCCUCUUGCUGGUGGCUCUGGUGGAUUUGAUGCUGGUAAUGGCGUUGCUACUGGUGGAAUGUGGAAUGAAAUAACUGACCCACAACCAAGAUAUUUAUUACAAGGGUAGGACUGCAGAGGACUCUACUGAACCCCACCUGAGAGGACUAUUUUCAUCUCUGAGGAUGAGAGCUCCAGUGAUGGAGAGUUCAAUACAGUGGUUCCACAUGAAGAGACACCAGAUCUGGGGAGAAAGCCUCAAGAGCUGUUUGUAACACCAUCAUCUGAUAGAUAUGAAGAAUUCGGUUAUAAAAUCCAGUGGCCCAAUCUACACCCUUGAAUUGUCCAAUCCGAGCAAUAUCGAGUCUCCUUUCAGACCUCAGUGGCUUCGAAGUCCUCGAUCAAAUUCACGGAGCAAGGACACAAACUCCAACUGAAAUCUCGAUAAGAGAUAUACGGUGUACUCCACCAGUUGCUAAAGUUACGGCUGAUAACCGGAAGCAAGACGACAGGAGCCAAACCAUGGAGCCCGAUGGAUUGAGAGAAUUAAGAGUGACGAGAAGUGUCUCGUCACUUUCACAAGACAUUUUGGAAAAUCCAUCGAUUUCUACUUCUGUACCUUCAGUCCUUGUAGUUUUCAUAACAAUUUUUCCUAAAAUGUUUUUUAUUCCCAGCAAUAAAUUCACCAGAAAUUUAUAACUAA